GCCGGAAGCGGAAGUGAGUCAUUUUGAGCACAACAGUCGAAGUUUGUAAUCGCGAGUUAGCUCUUGUGUUUUUUUGAACGCCUUUGUUAGCACGGCGAUGUGUGUUUAGUUAAAUAACCGUUGGAUUGUUUUACACAUAUCAGAAUGACCAAAGAAAAGCGACACCGGAGGCGGCAAUCACCGGAGCGCGAGCCCAACGUUCAGAUAAAGCAGGAGCAAGUGAGCCCCGUUAGGCCACAGACAUCCCGCCGCUCGAGGUCGAGAUCCAGCGGCACCUCGAGUCCACCGAGGCGGCGAGCGAGCAGGUCCCCCGCCCGGCCGAGGGAGCGUUCCCCGGGGAGGAGAGAGACGUCUCCGGUCAGGCGAGGCAGCAGAUCUCCCCGAACCAGAAGGAGCCGCUCCCCCCCUCACCGCGGGGCCGAUGGCAAAGUAAAGCGGGAGCGGGAGGAGCACCGGGCCGGCGGCGAUGAGCGGCGGCGGCGAGACGAUCAGCCGGAGGAGAGGCGGAGCAGGUGGGAAACCGACAGGCCGCGGGAGAGUGGCCGAGAACGACAAAGGGAGCGAGGCGGCGGCGGCGGUGGUGGCGGCGGCGUGUUUGCCUCGCAGCAAGCCGAGAGGCAGCAGCACAACGAGCGGCGCAGGGAAAACCGCCAGCGGCGGGAUGAAGCCCAGGAAGCGGACUCGGGAGAGCCCGAGGGAGCGGGCGACCCACCUGCUGAGAAAGAGAAGCCCAACUUUGGACUUUCGGGGGCGCUGACGGAAGACACAAACACAUUCCGCGGGGAGGUGAUCAAGUACAACGAGCCGCCCGAGGCCCGCAUCCCAAAGCGCCGGUGGCGGCUGUACCCGUUCAAGAACGACGAGGCCCUUCCCGUCAUGUACAUUCACAGGCAGAGUGCCUAUUUGUUGGGGCGACAGCGAAAGAUCGCCGAUAUCCCCAUCGACCACCCAUCCUGCUCCAAGCAACACGCCGUAUUCCAGUAUCGGCUGAUGGCGUUCACGCGAGCCGACGGCACCAGCGGGCGCAGGGUGCGGCCGUACAUCAUCGACCUGGGCUCCGGCAACGGCACCUACCUGAACAACCAGCGCAUCGAAGGCCAGCGCUACUACGAGCUCAAAGAGAAAGACGUCAUCAAGUUUGGCUUCAGCAGCCGCGAGUACGUCCUCCUGCACGAGUUUUCCGAUACGACCGAGGUGGACGCCAAGGCGGAGGGGGAGGAGGAGGAGGAGGAGGACGACGAGGGCCUCGACGAGUAAAAGGCCUCGCUUCGAGUCCCUUCAGAUUGUCAAAUCUCACCAUCAAUGCUCAUCGGAUGGCUGUGUCGGCGAGGAACGGAGCCCAAUGGAGAGGAAAAUGUGGUUUGAUACAAUUCUAGUACACGGCCGGUUUGUAUAUUCUGUAAUUACUGAACGAUUGCUCAAACCUGCCACGACUGUCUCUCAAAGAAGACUUCCUACUCUCAGGUUGACUGUGUAAUGUCUGUCUGACUCGUUCACACCCGACAAGUGCUCACAACGCCACGUGCUCGGUGCCAGAUGAAUACAAUAGUUAGUUAUAUAUAUAUAUAUAUAUAUAUUUUUGGAUCACAGCGCUCAGUUCAGUCUAGCAGGAGACUAACCUUUUGUCCAUGUCCCAGCUGUAAAUGUCAACGUACGAUACGUGGAAUGUGAAUCACAUUAUUGUCGAGAGUAAACCAUUAGACACACAACAUGGAAUCAUAUGACCUUUUUUUGCUUUCGUAGUGCAGGGGGGAAAUAGUCAAUGCUGGAAUGUCCUUCCCGCUGUAUGUAUUCUCAGACUUCCGUGUUUUUAUUUUUGUUUGUUUGUUUCUGAAGACAAAAGCAUUUGUGUACUGUAAAUAAAGACGGUGGGAAUUUG